CGUUGUGUUUUGGACGGGAGGAGGUCAUUAGAAAGUGAGCAGUGAUCUCGGUCAGGCUUUUGGGGCACAGAGACACUCGGUGCCAGCGUAUGUCCGAUGCCGGUGUGAGGCAGAUCCAUAAUUGAACAUCUCCGUAUAGUGUUACAACCGCUGCGACAUGCUUCGUCUUAUCCUGCGGCUCAGGCCGGCCUCCGGGCUCCCCUGUCCCCGUGCCCUCCCUGCCGGGCCUGCUGCGCUCGGCUGCCGCUCCGUGCGCGGAACCGGUUGCGUGAGGCGGCUGCACUCCGGAGCGGGGUCCCGGGCCGUGUAUGUGGGCUCCGGCUUCGGCCACAGAGCGACUUUCCUGCGGUGUCCCCAGCUGGCAGGCGGCUGUCAGAGCAAACGUUUCUACAGUCUGCCGCCGCACCAGAAGGUGGAGCUUCCUGCACUGUCACCCACCAUGCAGACAGGAACGAUCGCUCGCUGGGAGAAGAAGGAGGGAGAUAAAAUUGCUGAGGGUGAUCUCAUAGCUGAGGUAGAGACGGACAAGGCCACUGUAGGUUUUGAGAUGUUGGAGGAGUGCUAUCUGGCAAAGAUUCUCGUUCCUGAAGGGACCAGAGAUGUCAAUGUUGGAUCAGUUAUCUGCAUCACGGUUGACAACCCGGACCUGAUCUCUGCCUUUAAGGAUGUAACGUUGGACUCAAUCAAAUCUGCUGGAGACACUCCUUCCCCUGCUGCCUCCACUCCUCCUCCUGCUGCUGCUGCUCCUCCUGCAGCCCCAGGCAGCUCUUACCCCACACACAUGAAGAUCACACUUCCUGCUCUGUCUCCCACCAUGACGAUGGGAACAGUGCAGCGCUGGGAGAAAAAGGUUGGAGAGAAGCUGAGUGAAGGAGAUCUUCUGGCUGAGAUUGAAACUGACAAGGCAACCAUCGGCUUUGAGGUGCAGGAGGAGGGAUAUUUGGCUAAAAUUAUGGUGGCAGAGGGAACUCGAGAUGUUCCCCUGGGAACGCCACUCUGCAUCAUUGUCGAGAAGGAAAGCGACAUUGCUGCCUUCAAGGACUAUGUAGAGACUGGGGUGGCUGAGGUUUCCACACCACCUCCACCUCCAGCUCCAGCACCGGUUGCAGCUCCAGCUGCUGCAGCCCCAAGUCCUGCUCCAGCAGCUGCUGCCCCAGCAGCACCCAGGAAAGGCCGUGUGUUCGCCAGCCCGCUUGCCAAGAAACUGGCUGCUGACAAAGGCAUUGACCUGGCGCAGGUCAGCGGGUCUGGUCCUGAUGGACGUAUCACCCGGAAAGAUAUUGAGAGCUUUGUUCCAGCAAAGGCUGCCCCUGCUGUAGCUGCUGCUCCCACUCCAGCUGCUGCUCCAUCUGCUGCUACACCUGCUGCAGCUGCUGCAGCACCAGCUGGUACCUUCACUGACAUCCCUAUCAGCAACAUCCGCAAGGUCAUCGCUCAGAGGUUGAUGCAGUCCAAGCAAACCAUCCCCCACUAUUACCUAUCUUUAGAUGUCAACAUGGACCAAGUGCUCGAGCUUCGAAAAGAGCUAAAUGAGGAGGUGAAAGCCCAGAAUAUCAAACUUAGUGUGAAUGACUUCAUCAUCAAAGCCAGCGCUCUGGCCUGCCUCAAGGUUCCCGAGUGCAACUCCUCUUGGUUGGACACAGUCAUUCGUCAGAAUCAUGUGGUGGAUGUGAGCGUAGCAGUGAGCACAGCCAGCGGUCUCAUCACGCCCAUAGUGUUUAACGCCCACACCAAAGGACUGGCUGCCAUCAGCUCCGAUGUGUCUGCUCUCGCUGCCAAAGCCAGAGAAGGCAAGCUGCAGCCUCAUGAGUUCCAGGGAGGGACAUUCACAAUCUCCAAUUUAGGGAUGUUUGGCAUCAAGAACUUCUCAGCGAUCAUCAACCCUCCUCAGGCCUGUAUCCUCGCUGUCGGAGGCUCAGAGAAACGGCUGAUGCCUGCUGACAAUGAGAAAGGGUUCGACGUGGCCAGCAUGAUGUCGGUGACGCUGAGCUGCGACCACAGGGUGGUGGACGGAGCGGUCGGUGCGCAGUGGCUCGCAGAGUUCCGCAAGUUCCUGGAGAAACCCGUCACUAUGCUGUUGUGAUCAGACUGUACUGCUGUUAAGAUGCAGCAACAGGCAGAGGCCUCUCACUGAAGUGAUCUGAUUGGUCUCAUCUGGUGUGGAUCCUCCUGUGAUUGGCCGACCUGCCACCAGGUCACUCCCAGUUACCCUGAAAGAGAGGAGGCAGAACUCACUCCGCUUAGCUGUCUGUCUCGCUGCCUCUCCUUUCUGUCUUUCUUUCCUCUUGCUCUGUCUCACUCAUGCCAUUUAUUGUGGCCCCAUUUCAUGAAAGACCAGAAUUAGGUAUAAUUUACCCUAGAAUAGAUUGGCAACAUGUCACUAAAACAACGAUAAUGCUUUACAAAGGGAAGUGUUACACGCCAAACCAGUGAGCACAUUGAUCCCAUACCGUGUGUGCGUGUGUGUGUGUGUGUGUGUGUGUGUGUAUAUUUCUACACACUUGAAUCUGUCAUUUUGUGUGAAGUUGAUAAAUACGACGCCGCUGUUGUGGAUUAGGAUUUUUGCUUGCUUGCAAGACAAGAUGAAGGAGCUGAAUGUAAGUUAAAGUUGAGAUACACACAGUCCAGAUGUAGAUGCACACACACACACCUCCCUGUUCAGUGGCCACACACAAUUGAAAUAUUUAGCGUGUUUUCUGUGGAUUGAUGAUACAGUGUGUAUAUUCUUCACUGUGAAUGGACACAGUGCUGUACAUAUUUAUGGCGGUGAGCUGUUUGGUUGAAAUAACCAAGCUCAGGAAAUGUAAUAACUGUAUAGUCCUGAUUGAUAACAGACGCUCUCAAAGGAAAUACUCAACGGUUUUGCCAAUUCUCUCUUCAGUGGGGAUGUUUUACCUUCUAGUCUUGGGAAUCUUCUGUAUCUCACAGCUGAUAUGCACAAAGCUGGUGUUGGAUGUUAUCUGAAUAAAUUGGGAGUCAACCUUG